UACACAAAGCUAGAGAGAGAGAAACAGAUUGAGCCAAAUUUGGUCCAAAGUCGCAUUCACCAUCGAUUACCAUCACAUCCAGAUCCAAAAUUUAGCCUCAACAAACCAAUUUUACAAAUUUCACAACGGUCUUUGGUCGAUUGAGCUCAGAUUGCUUCACCUUCAUGGUGGAUUGAUCGCUUGUUAUUAAUGAUAUCAGGUUGCUUUUUCUUAACUGCAUCAUUAUCUUGAAGGUUAAAUGGAGAACAAAAUGAGGAUGAGGAACAAAUACCGGAAACCAACCACUUUACAUUGCUAUGCAGGAAGCAGAUAUAAGUUCUCCAUUGUGGUAUGCAGCAUCAUAGGAUGCCUUGUUAUCUUCCACUUUUACUUCCUUAAUCAAAAUCAACACAAUCAAGGUGGAUUAACCCAAAUGCGCACGACUCACCUUCCGUUAUUUCGUGAACUUGUGGAAGUGGAGGACGAGAAUAUAAACAUUCCGCCACCAAGGAAGCGGUCCCCACGGGCUAUAAAACGGAAGCCUAAAAGGCCAACCACCCUGAUUGAAGAAUUUCUUGAUGAAUCUUCUCAACUUAGAUACAUAUUCUUUCCUGGUCCAAAAACUGCCAUAGAUCCAAUCAAAGAUGCGGGUAAUGAGAGUCUUUAUUAUCAUCCUGGUAGUAUCUGGUUGGAUACUGAUGGGAAUCCUAUUCAAGCUCAUGGAGGAGGUAUUCUAUAUGAUGACCGAUCAAGAACCUACUACUGGUAUGGUGAAUACAAAGAUGGGCCCACUUACCAUGCUCACAAAAAGGCUGCGGCACGGGUUGACAUCAUAGGUGUCGGUUGCUACUCUUCGAAAGAUCUGUGGGCAUGGAAAAACGAGGGCAUCGUUCUUGCUGCAGAAGAAACCGACGAGACCCAUGAUCUUCACAAGUCUAACGUGUUGGAAAGACCGAAAGUAAUUUAUAACGAGAAUACAGGUAAAUAUAUAAUGUGGAUGCAUAUCGAUGAUGCCAACUACACGAAAGCCUCUGUCGGAGUUGCCAUUGGCAAUUCGCCCACCGGUCCCUUUGAGUACAUCAAAAGCAUGAGACCACACGGGUUCGAAAGCCGAGACAUGACCAUCUUCAAAGACGACGAUGGUGUGGCGUAUCUCGUUUACUCGUCUGAAGACAACAGUGAGCUCCAUAUUGGACCACUCACUCGAGAUUAUCUUGACGUGACAAAUGUCAUGAGACGGAUUCUCGUGGGCCAGCACCGUGAAGCCCCCGCUCUGUUCAAGCACGAAGGGACCUAUUACAUGGUGACUUCGGGUUGCACAGGGUGGGCUCCAAACGAGGCCCUGGCUCAUGCAGCGGAAUCUGUUAUGGGCCCAUGGGAGACGAUGGGGAACCCGUGCGUUGGAGGUAACAAGAUCUUCCGACUCACCACGUUCUUUGCACAAAGCACGUUUGUGAUUCCAUUACAAGGGUUACCGGGUGUUUUCAUAUUCAUGGCGGACCGAUGGAACCCUGCAGAUUUAAGGGACUCCAGGUACGUAUGGUUGCCGUUACUGGUCGGGGGACCGGUAGACCGCCCUCUCGAUUACUCAUUUGGUUUCCCAUUGUGGCCGCGGGUCUCCGUCUAUUGGCAUAAAAGAUGGAAACUUCCGUAUAAAUGGAGUGGGAAGAAAUAAUACGUAGAGACGUAGAGGUAUUUCAUUUUUCAUUUUCCCGAGUUUUACGGGUGUAAUUGGUGUGUGUACAUUAUUAUAUAUACCAGUCGUAGGUUGUAUUAUUGUGUAUGAGUGUGUAUUUAGAGAAAUAACGAUAGAGCAUGUUAGAUGGCCGGAACCAAUGUAGUCAUCUACCGUGAGAUUUACCGGGUUCGUUUAGUCUGUAGUUAUUUACUGAUAAAUUUC